AAAUGUUGACAAAUGGAGAUCGUUUCGUUGCGUGCGGAGAGCAGCAGGUGUAGAAUCCCUGCCUCAUUACCAAUCCGGGAGUCAGAUGCCUACUGAGUCAUUCGCAGAUGCGAUCCUAUAAAGAGGUGGUGUCUGCGAGCAUGGAGACUAGGUAAUAUUCUGUUUGCAAACUACACAAAAUGUGCAGCACUACGAAUGAUGAACGUUUCUCCGCCGCAGCGCAUACGGACGACGGGAAACACCACGUCCUGCUCGCUGCCAGUGGCUCUGUCGCAACUAUCAAGAUACCACAAAUAGCGCAGGCUCUGUCUCAGCAUCCGAACGUGUCUAUUCGCAUUGUCUUGACGAAGUCCGCCGAGGAGUUCCUCCAAGGUCAGUCCGCUGAACAGCCCCCGCUCGAGUCGCUCCGCAGUCUGCCAAACGUUGAGGGCAUUUACCAUGACGAGGAUGAGUGGUCGAAGCCUUGGGUGAGAGGCGACAAGAUCCUGCAUAUCGAGUUGAGACGCUGGGCGCAUGUGAUGCUUGUUGCGCCUCUGUCGGCAAAUACACUGGCGAAGAUGGUCAAUGGAAUAAGCGACGGCUUACUUCUCAGCGUGGUACGUGCAUGGGAUACGACGGGUCUGGUCGACAUGAAAAAGAAAAGGAUACUUGUCGCACCAGCGAUGAAUACAGCCAUGUGGAGACAUCCUAUCACCAAGAAACAGAUCAAAGUGCUGGAACAAGACUGGGGGAGCUGUGAUGAUGGUUGGAUCACGGUAUUAAGACCUAUGGAGAAAGAGUUGGCCUGCGGUGAUGUUGGGGAUGGAGCGAUGAUGGAUUGGAAGCAGAUCGUCGCGAAUCUUGAGUCACAUCUGGAACUCAGCGUACCGAAUGGUGAAGUGAAUGGGCGCUGAGGAUAUCAUUCAUGCGAGGACGGUACGCAUUGCGGAUUUCGACUCC